AUUUUUCGUGUAGUCGUCUGACUAACAUAGAUUUAUGGGCAAAUAACUCCGGCAGACUUGCGACAGCGUGACAAUUUUUAACUUAACAGGCAUCCAGCAGUAUGGAAAAGAGGAAAUUAAAAAAUCAAGACAGCACUGUUGAAACUAAGAAAAAGAAACACAAGAAGAGUAAGGAUCAUACUGAUGAUGCAGAUGGAAAAGUACUUGAACACAACAAAAUGAACAGUGUUGAAACUAGAAUCAGUAAAACCCCUAAACACAUGGGGAAUGUUUCUGUAAAGAAAGGUAAGGAGCAAAAGAAAAAAGAUGAAUCUGGUAGUAAAGCAUUUAGUGUGCAGAACUUGUUGACUGAAAAAUUAAAAAAUGUACAAAGAAUAAGGUCUGGAAAUGCUGAUGAGGCAAAAACAGAUAAAGUUGAAGAAACAAGAGACAAGAUGGAUAGAGUAAAAGACCAGGUGGAUAGAGUGAGUGACUUAAAUAAAUCAGAUAGUAAUGACUUGCAUAAUGAAAAAGGUGACAAAGUCAAAAAGAAAAGUGACAAGAAGAAAAAAGGAAAAACUGAAACAGGCAAUGUAACAGACACUGCAGAGCAAAAUAUGGUAGACUCUGCUCUUAAAGACAAUCAUGAAGAAGAAGAAGAGGAAGAAGACCCAGAAAAAGCAGCUAUCAGGGAGAAAAAGAGGGAGAAGAGAAAACAAAAGAAACUAGAAAAGGCAAAAUUGAAACAGGAGAAUGCAGACAGAGCAGGGACAGCUCAGACAGCUGCUACUGACUAUUUGAAACAAUGGAAAAAUAACAGGGAUGAGUGGAAAUUCCUGAAAGUCAGACAAGUGUGGUUGUUACAAAAUAUGUAUGAUAAAACAGUGAUAGAAGAUGGUAGUUUUGAAAUCUUGUUGGAGUACCUUGAAGGUUUACGAGGGAAAUCAAGGGAGGUGACUGUAUCAGAAGCAGAGAAGGUCCUUGAAAAGGCUGAAUCAGAUGAAGAGUCGUCUUCAGUGAAGUUUGAUCGUGCUAGACAGAUAAUCCAGCUGCUGUCUGACUGAGUGUGUUCAACAUAUACAACUACACAGCAGACAGGUGUGUAAAGUGCAGUAUGCCAGCUUACACAGACACAACAAUAACUUACAUCAGCUGACCACCUGAUAAACACCUCACACAGAUGUAAAAUGUGUUGACUGUCAAAAUGAAAUACACACAUCAAUGCUGAACAGCACAGGUGUGUACAGUGUGCAGGACAGUGAGUGCUGUAUAUCUCACACACUAAAUUCAAACUGUGUAUACACAAACAGGUUAAGUGAACAGAGCAGUAAAUCUUUUAACAACAAGGCUUGGACCAAUUGACCAUGUGCAUGACGUAGAUCCAAUGUAUACAACACACUGUGCAUUGACAAGGGUGUAUUUCAUUGCUUGCAAUAGAAUUAAAGUUCUAUAGUCCAUACAUUUAGCACAAUAUUUAUACACAGCAGAUAUAAUAGGGUUAUUAUAACAGCAGCUUGAUCUGGGAUGCAUUAUUCGGCUCUCAUGGAUUUUGCCAGAUCGGAUCUCACGAGGCACGCAAGCGCCGAGUGUGAUCCGACCUUGCAAAAGCCACGAGAGCCGAAUACAAAGUCCCAGAUCUAGCUACUGUUAUAAUGACCCUUUUAUUAUAUACCUUUACCAUUUUGAUUCUUGUUUUGUUCUUGAACGAAAUCUUUUAUCGAUAUUAAAUGGAACUUAGUGAAGUUUUUAUGUGCGCUAUUUAUAGAAAUGUGUCGGAUCAUGCAUAUUAAUGAAAAUAGUCCGGCAGCAUACAAUACAGAAUUUAAAAGGUACAAUACGGAAUUUUUGUCUGUAUGUUUAUAUUUAAUUGUGAAAUACAAGCCGAUUUUUUACAGAAUUUAUAUAGGUAUAUAAUAAAGACAGAUGCACUUUGUUUGAAUGAUCAAUGAUGAUUAACAUAAUUUUUCAAAGGCACAUCUAAUAGGGUGGUUUUUUUUUGGUUUUUUUUGUCAAAAAUUUAUUUUGUUAUGCGCCUCAAAGGGGAAGCAUGUAGUCGCCACUUCAUCUGUUUGUGUGUCCGACUGUCCUGCAAGUCUUGUCUGGAAUAUUUCUCGGCAACCAGGACUGGAACUGAGCGAAAUUUUGUAGGAAACUUCUUUCCCAAGAGGAGGUGCACUUUUUCUUUAUGUUCCAGUCGGAUGAGUUUUCACUGAGUUAUUGCCUUUCUAUUAUUCAACAUUAGUAAACUAUAGAACUCUCCUUGUCCAGAGUAUUCCUCUGCACCCCUGACUGGUAUUCAACACAACUUCAGAAGAGGCUUUUUCUCAACAACUACUUGCUGGAGUUCUAAGAAAUUUCUUUGGAAGCUACACUGCUAAGACGUGUUAUGUAAAUCUAAAUGUACAUAUUUAUUAUAUAUGCACUUAUUGAGUUAUUAUGCUGACAUGACAAUAUGCAUUAUUUUACCUUAUUUUGUAACUUGUAAGGCACCAUUCAAGAUCAUUUUCAGUUUCUAUAGAAGACAGCAAAUUAAAUUUUUAAUCAGUU